ACAGUUUUACAUGAAUCGGAGGCCAGACCAGAAGCACUUCUGAAUUAAGGAAGCAAGAGAGCCCUUUCCCAAAUCAAAUCUUAGUUGGAGUAAGAGCAGAUAAUACAGAUAAAGACCCAGUUCCUUGAGGCGGCAUUGCAGAGCACCACGGUCAGAGAUGAGUGAGCUGGACCAGUUGCGGCAGGAGGCCGAGCAGCUGAAGAACCAGAUCAGAGAUGCCAGAAAAGCGUGUGCAGAUGCGACUCUCUCUCAGAUCACAAACAACAUCGACCCUGUGGGGCGGAUCCAGAUGCGCACAAGGAGAACGCUGCGGGGGCACCUGGCCAAAAUUUAUGCCAUGCACUGGGGGACGGAUUCCAGGCUUCUCGUCAGUGCCUCGCAGGACGGCAAGCUCAUCAUCUGGGAUAGCUACACCACAAACAAGGUCCACGCCAUCCCUCUGCGUUCCUCGUGGGUCAUGACCUGUGCGUAUGCCCCUUCCGGGAACUAUGUGGCCUGCGGUGGCCUGGACAACAUCUGCUCCAUUUACAAUCUGAAAACUCGCGAGGGGAAUGUUCGUGUGAGUCGUGAGCUGGCCGGACACACAGGUUACCUGUCCUGCUGCCGCUUCCUGGAUGACAAUCAGAUCGUGACCAGCUCUGGGGACACCACCUGCGCCCUGUGGGACAUUGAGACGGGCCAGCAAACAACCACAUUCACUGGACACACCGGGGACGUGAUGAGCCUUUCUCUUGCUCCCGACACCAGACUGUUUGUGUCUGGUGCUUGUGAUGCUUCGGCCAAACUCUGGGACGUGCGAGAAGGAAUGUGUCGGCAGACUUUCACCGGCCACGAGUCCGACAUCAACGCCAUCUGUUUCUUUCCAAAUGGCAAUGCAUUUGCCACUGGCUCGGACGACGCUACCUGCAGGCUUUUUGACCUUCGUGCGGAUCAGGAGCUCAUGACUUACUCCCACGACAACAUCAUAUGCGGGAUCACCUCCGUCUCCUUCUCUAAGAGUGGGCGCCUCCUCCUCGCAGGGUACGACGACUUCAACUGCAACGUCUGGGACGCACUCAAGGCCGACAGGGCAGGUGUCUUGGCCGGACAUGACAACCGCGUCAGCUGCCUGGGGGUGACUGAUGACGGGAUGGCUGUGGCGACAGGGUCCUGGGACAGCUUCCUCAAGAUCUGGAACUAACACCAACAGCAGGCGGACGCCACAGUGACUGGAAGACCAUUCCACCCUGACGCGUCACAGUGAUAGCAUUUCCCAUCCACCCUACUAACGUGGGCGCCCCCCCCCCCCCGAACUCCAGAAGGGCAAGACCUUUUCCUCCACUUACUGCUGACACCAAGAGCACAAUCCCACCGAGAAGAGUCUGCUGUGAACUCGGCGAGUCGUGCAUUCCUCCCGGGACCAUUGUCUUCGUUUGCUUUCUGUCUUGAAUGAAGUUAAAAGGAAAUACUAUAAUAAAAAUGUUAACCAGA